AUGAAACCACGCCCUGUGGGAAGCAAGAAACCGUCGGAGGAGGGGGAGAGAAAGAAGGAGUCGAGGGUUCUGAUCCUGCUUCUACUCACCUUUGCGGCUGCAAUGGCAUCAUGCUCGACCUCGUUCCCUCCUCGACACUCUUGCCUCCAACAUCGAGCGACGGUUGGGCUGAGGCUGCGAGGGGGGAGGCCGAAGAAAGAACGCGAUCCUGACAUCUUGAUGAGCAACAUGCUGCGAUCCUGCAUCAAGAAUAAUGUCAAGCUCUUUCAUGACAUGAUGCAUGCGGUUAACUUGCUGCAGGUGACAGCGAGUACCCCAUGGCAUGAUUUGAUGCCCAAGGGCGAAAGAGACAGAGACCCACUCAAGACGGAGUUCGAGGAGCUGAAGCAGGAGACGCGAGAUAAGUCUAAGAUCUGCUAUCGAUCUCUGAACUGGAAGCUCGUGAGAAAGUCCGUGCUGUGUAUCACGAUCGAAGACGACCAUACUAGACAAGCGGUCGGCAACAUGCGGAUCAUGGACAUAAGAGAUGAAUUUGACAAGGAGAAUGUGCGAUGGAAGAUCCCGACAAUUAUCUUGUUUCAUUCAUUCUUCGAACGCGAGGACUGCCAUGAAGCUGGAGAGGCGCUGGAGCAAGAGCUCAAGACCUUGGAGACUUGCAGCAUCACCUUCACAGGAGUGCGAACAGAUAAAGAUGCCAAUGGUGAGAGUGCAGUCGGAUUCAACAUUCUCACUUUUCCUCGAGCAGAGUGGAUCAAGCGGUUGCGGAGAAGAGUCGUCAGCCGCUUUCCCUCCUUGGAGCCUCUAGAAGAAGUCUUCAUGGCUCGGCAGCACAUCUCCUCCUCACCCUCGUCGCAGGUAGACGAGGUCCCUUACGUCCCGCACGUUCAAAUCGGCACCUUCGACAGCGUGCGGGAAGCGGAGGCAAAGAGGGCAAAUUUUGAGCAACGAUUGAUGAAUCUAACGAUGGAGGCGAACAGCGUUUCGAUAUGCUGUCACAGCGCAAUGAAGUUCGAGGUGUUUUCUAUCUUCAGAGAUAUUCCAAUCAGCGGUCAGAACUAUCUCAAGUUCCGAGAGAGUGAAGCGGAAGAAGAGCUGCAUGUGUUCUCUGAAGCAGAGGAGAACCUCGAUUCCUCCGAGCAUGCGGACGUGGCGAUUGUCAAGCGAUGGAACCCGAUCACCAAGAAGUUUGAGAACGUUGGAGGCGAUUUCCUGAGUCUUGAAAGUGCUCGCAAGGACAAAGACGAUAAAGAUCUGAUUGAGUUCAAACUCAAGGCGGAGGACGGCGCUCGGUUGUUCAUGCGGCAGCCUUCGAGGUACCAAAAGCGGCACAAGAGCAGCCUGAAGAAAUUCGUUGAGUCCAUGAACAUGACGAAAGUGAGCAAGCUCUUCAAAUACCUCAAAGACAUUGGGCACCUUUCACGUCACUCCGGCUUCCUCAUCGUGCACAAGAAGAUCUCGCGAGAGCUGAAGGCUAAGAAUGCCAAGAGAGCAGACCUGAGAAGGCGCCUCAAGGCCAUGAAGGCCAGAGACAAGACGGAGAAGGAGGAGCUGAAGAAGGUGAAGGAGAAGAUGGAAGUGGCCGAGGAACGAGUCAUGCGCAACUUCCGCAAGCGACUGUCAGACAGAGACAAGCGCAUCCUUGAUAAGAAGAUGGCCAAGAUGCGUCAAGAAAACGAAGAGAGUGCGUCUAACAUCGAAGAUCCUCAGCUUCGAGACUUGUACAAGCGGUUUGAUCCGGAUCCCAACGAAACUUGGGAUUAA